AUGGCUCAUACAUUGGAAAUAUCUUUCAACUGCAUUGAUAAUUUUAAUGAAAGUUUUACAAAACUUAAUAAAGAUUAUUUCAUACAUAAAAACUUUAUUGCUGCUCUAGAAGGAAAUAACUUGCACAACAUUGAAGACACCCAAAAAUGUUCUGAUACAUUCAUUAUAGACC